AUGUUACAACACCUAAGGGAAGGGAGUUUUCUAAUAAGAUGUUUUGACCGGGAAAAGCUUCAGCUUACUGAGGGAGACCGUCAUUCACCUUUUAAUGGUGGUCUAGAACAACCUCACACAUCUCCUUCAAUAUGCACCCUGCAAAAAAAUAUUGAUAGUAAUCUACUCCAAGAUAUUGGUACCGAUAUCCACCGGAGUAACAUUCCGCUUGAGGAGCUGAAUAUGGAUUUAGACAACUUAUUGUCAUCUUCAACUUCUGGUGUGUCUUUUUACGGAGAAUCUAUUUGGCUAUGUAAAAGUCCGAUCCGUAGUAGUCAGAUAUGAUCUCAAAAUAUGCAAGAUCUUGGAGUUUGUGAAGACACAUUUUACCAAGAUGAUUUUAACAUGCCUGAUAUUGGUUUAUCUUUCCGCAACUUUGAAGACCUGUUUGGUGUUGAUCAAGACCAAACCAGGGGAUCGCUUGCUAAUAAAGAUGUCCCAAGUUCAUCUAUGAAGGAGAUGACCAUCAACAACUCGGAUAAUGUUAAUGCACUAUCAAUGGAGGGAAUCAACACUUCUGAUUGCACAAUUCAACCAUCUUAUUCCGUAAUGUCGUCUGUUUCAAGGCUCAGUGCCGAUACCGGCGCUCCUGACUUUCUUGAUAAUGGAGUUUCACCUAUCACAGUUGGGGAAGCUUCAUGCAUUUCACCUGACUUAGAUAACUUUCAUUCAGACGCCAGAGAAAAUGCCAUGAUGAGGUACAAAGAGAAGAAGAAAGCUCGACUGCAUGAAAGACGAAUGAAUUGUGCACCCCGGAAAGCUAAAGCCGAUGUAGAGAAGAGUGUAAAAGGGCGAAUUCUGACGACGGAGGACUAUGAUUCUGAUCAUCCAAAUGUGACAAAGAUCUAUUAAUCGUCUGCAUAUAUAUUAUUACCAGUUCCUGAUUCUGUAAGUAUCACUUGUUACUCAAUCUUCUAUUUAUAACUCAACCAAUUCUUUCACCUCCGUCUCUU